ACUUCAGAGCGACAGUGCAGCCCGGGGCCUCCAUCAUCGACAUGGUCAACGUGACGACAUCACCCAGCAGCAAUGCCACCCCAGAGGGUCUGACAGAGAGGGGGCUGGUGGUCCUGGGCCAGAGGAAAGAGUAUGAUUACAACUACUUUGCCCUGGUGCUGGGUGUGCCGCUCAUCCUGAUCAUCAUCCUGGGCAACGUACUUGUGUGUCUGAGCGUGCUCACUGAGCGCUCCCUGAAGACUGCCACCAACUACUUCAUCAUCAGCCUGUCUGUGGCCGACCUACUGCUGGCUGUACUGGUGCUGCCCCUCUAUGUCUACUCUGAGUUCCUGGGUGGUACCUGGACCCUGAGCACAUACAUCUGUGAUGCUCUGAUGACCAUGGAUGUCAUGCUGUGCACCGCCUCCAUCCUCAACCUAUGUGCCAUCAGCGUGGACAGGUACAUAGCGGUGGUGGUGCCACUGAAGUAUAACAGGAACCAGUUCAGCUUGCGGCAGCUGGUCCUCAUUACGGCCACCUGGGUUCUCUCCCUGGGCGUCGCCAGUCCAGUCAUCUUCGGCCUCAACCAGGUGCCGGGCCGCGACCCCACCGUGUGCAAGCUGGAGAACGACAGCUUCGUGGUCUACUCCUCAGUGUGCUCCUUCUUUGUGCCUUGCCCUGUCAUGCUCUUCCUGUACUACUGGAUGUUCCGGGGGUUGAGACGCUGGAGCUCAGGCAGGAGCCGCUCCCAGCUGAUGAGGGGAGGGAAAAGGAGCCUGUCCCUGCGCCUCAGCUCCGCCCUGCAGAGGGAGAACGCAGGGGUCAGGGCGGGUGCCAAGGAGAAGGUGGUGUACCUCAUGCCCACAGCUCUCAGCCCGAUGUCACCGUCAGCUGAAUCGAUGGCGUCGCCCACAGCGACCCUGGGGGUGGAGGACAAGCAGCAGGAUGGUUUGGGGGCGGGCGUGGCGGAGAGCGACCCCAUGACUACCCAGAUGGACAGCGUUUCGGACGCGGACCCCACGGAGAGGCCACCUAGGCAGGGGAAGAGCCUGAAGGAGAAUGGGCUGGCCCACGCUAAGGCUAAUAAGAGGGGGCGCCGUAACAGCAAGAGUAGCAGAGUGAGUGGGAGGGAGCGAAAAGCCAUGAAGGUUCUUCCUGUUGUAGUUGGUGUGUUCCUAGCCUGCUGGACGCCUUUCUUUGUGGUACAUGUGACCAACGUGCUGUGCGUGUCCUGCAAAAUCAGCCCCACUCUGAUCUCCGUGGUAACGUGGCUGGGCUACGUCAACAGUGCUGUCAACCCCAUCAUUUACACUGCCUUCAACGCAGAGUUCCGAAAUGUCUUUCACAAACUUCUCUGCUGUCGAGCAUGAAACCUGAGUUCUGAGAUCUCUUUGACAAACUAUUCAUUGAGAUAGAACAACAUUUAUCUUUAUGGUUCAACCUGAGACCUGAAUUCUAGAAUGUUGCUCUCGGCCAUGAGACCUGAAUUAAAUUAUCUUUCACAAAACUCCUCGGUUGCUGGAUGUGAGAGGGACUUCUUUACCCAAAGGGGUUUUCCUGGAUUUAAGUGCUGGCCGAACGUGAGGUUGUCAAAAUGGAUGAACAAUACAGGGGACAACAUGACAGGAUUUGACUGAUGCCUUAGUUGACAUAUUGUGAACUGAAAGACAGUGGCUCACUGUAUCUGAUGUUUCUACAUUGAAGUUGAUACUGUGCGAAAUAUUGCUUGGUUACAGAAGAUGGUGAAUACUGUUAAUAUCAUAGCCCAAAGGCAUAAAAUAUGUGAACAACGUGCACACUUAAGAACAUCUAACUAUUUGAUAUGUGAGUUUUGAUCUCUCUCAGAAUGAAAUGUUGAUGUUAUGUACGGUUCUCAGUUUUGAUUUAAUAAUGUGCAGGUUUUCUGUAUUGGUAUUGCAUUUCAUUUUCUUUCGAAUUGACUUUGUCUCCAUUUAUCCUGAGGAUUUGGGAGACUUUAGGGACAUAGGGUGGCUCAAGAGGAACUUCAAUUAUACAGCAAACAUAGUUAAAUCAAAAAUGCAAAAAAAACACUCCAUUUUCUAUCAUGUGGAUUACAGACAUUGCCUGUAGAUAAUAUUAUGAACAUUUACGCCACCAGAAGGGACAAAUGACAGACUUCAGGGCCAACAUUGUGGGAAGAACUAUUUAAGAUGAUGUCAUUUGUAAAGUUAUACUACGACCUAUUUUGACGAAAGUGCUGUGAAUGUGACAAAUGUAAACAACUCUCUUUGUCGUCGAUGGAAAAAUAAUAAAACAUGUUCCAUAUGAUGAUACUAAAUGA